UCCGGUAGGGGCGGAAAGCGGAAGUGUGGGAGGGUCUGCGGGGCGGGCUCGGAGAAGUCCCGGGGGAGGAUGGAGCACUGAGCGGGUCUGGGCGGCUGCCGGCAGCGCCAUGGAGACGGUGCAGCUGAGGAACCCGCCGCGCCGGCAGCUGAAAAAGUUGGAUGAGGAUAGUUUAACUAAACAACCAGAAGAAGUGUUUGAUGUCUUGGAGAAACUUGGAGAAGGGUGAGUGCACAGAAAAUGUAGGUGGACUUGUAGGUCCCAGUCUUUUUCCUGCCCCAAGACCAGAAGGAUAGGAACCUUUCUCAUGGCAAUCAUUUGCAAAGCUAGGAAAAAGAACGGGGCAUGCUGCAUAACAGCUCUGCUCUGGGUGGGAGGUCAGUUUACAGCUUGGAGUGCCCUUUCCCUCUUCCCCUAGUCACUGCUAUGGGCAGAUUUAGUGAUUCCUGGUCUUUUUAACACCGUGGACAUCUUUUGUUUUCUGUCUUGUAAAAGCUGUGGUUUGCAUGAUUUUAUCUAUUUAACAGAUAACACUAGUUAGUUUAUACUUCAUUUAAAAAUUUUUAUUAAUCAGAUGUAUUUUAAUUUUCUGUUCAUAGCUUCUGAGAGAUAAAUAACUUGUUUCUUUAAAAGAAACAGUGGAAUUCAAGAAGGACUGUCACUACCUUUAUAGCUUCCUAAGAGAUCCAGAAUCCUAGAUUGGGAACCAUUGAACUUCUUGAAACACAGAUUUGUGUAUCCGUUUAUAAAAUACUGGUGAAAUGACAUCUAGUGACAGAGUGGCCAUCCUUGGCUUUCGUGAUACAAUAAAGGUUACAUCAUAAUUUUUUCUACUUUUACAUAUACCUUUAAUUUAAUCUUUGUAUGUAUGUUUAUUUCCUUUUUGUAAUGAUCGAGACAUUAAAAGAUUAGAUACCCUUUAGUUUUUGUUGUUCAUUUUUGAAUGAUCAAGUCAUAUGAUUCAAAAUUCAGAAAGCAUAAAAGUGUUGCAAUGAAAAAUCUCCUUCCCAUCUCUCUCAGCCACACAGAAGCAACCAGGCUAGCAGGUUUUUUAAAUGUACUCUUGAGAUCUAGUUUAUGCCUAUAUAGCAAAUAAGUGUGUGGGUGUGCGUUUGUGUAUUUUUAAAAAUCUCUUGGGAGAUUUUUUUAAAAAUCUCAAAAGAAGACCUAAAAUGUUAACUUGUAAAAAUGGCUAUUGUCUAAUUAAUGUGCAUGCUUUAAAAUCAGCUUUUAUAUAUCAUUAGAUUAUUUUGGAGUUUGGUGUUAUUUAUGCCUAAUAUAGAUACGCAGUGUUAAACCCAAUCUUGGAUUACACGGAAUGGAUUUUCAUGGACCACCUCCUUGUAAAAAACAUUAGUCAUUAUCUUUUUGUAAGUUGGAAAAAUACUCUUUGGAAUCAAGCAAGGAAUCAAGCAGAGACAAGAAGCAAAAAGAUGACACCAGCUGUGCUGCUAAAAGACAAGUACAAGAUGAAUCUGAAACCACGAGUUGAUUUGGCAUCGUUAAAGAUCUAUGGGUGUCUUCAUGAAGGAUCUUGGAAAUUUCCCUGUAAAGGUAUCACCAGAGAGAAAACAAGCAAAGCUUCAGAUCUUCCCAUCUGAUCACCGUAUUGUUUUCUUAAGGGAUAUCACAAAUGUUGGAUUUCUGUCAUGAGCCUGAACAACCUUCAUUUAAGUAGCAAAAUUCCGAAGGAAAACCCAAGCUGCACCUCCUUUCCAAACACAAAUCGCCAUGCUAUCCUUAACUGGUCCUGGAAAACGAAUGGAUCAUGAACUCUCACUGGCUUGGGCCUUGUGAAGUGAACUCCAGCUAAAGGAUUGCACUGGAUUCCUGAGGCUGCAGCCGUUUUGCAUUUUGAGGAAAUCAUGUGGAUCCAUGGCAGAGCAGAGCCAAAGCUCCAGACCGGGAUGAAAGGACAGCACUCAGAAAGUGUUUGGGGUUGAGCCUAGCCCCUUUCUUCCUUGUAUUACAUUUGAAGUUUUUACCCAUUGACUCAUUUAAAUUUUUCCCACAGGAUAGUAACAAAACAUCCUGCCCAUGGUUUCAUAGCUAGUGAGUGGUAUUGUUAAGACUUGCGCCUGGUUAAUCCAGCCUCAGUUACUGUUUCAUUUCUGUUUUUCUACAUCGAUCCUUGCCUCAUAUCGCUUGUGUGAAGCACCUGCUUCCCCACCAUCUUCUUUUCUCUGCCAGUUAUCAUUCAUGAAUCACUGUAGUUUUUGUUGUAGGGAAUCCGAUCUUAAGGGUCUUGCUUAUAAGGGAGUAUGAGUGCUGAAGUGCAGUCUGUGGAAUUGUGCAUCUUAAGUGUUCAUACAUGAGCUGUUGGAGUUCUCUUUGUUGUCAGGAUAGCAUAGAGAGAUGUAGAGGGUGUUCUGGUCCAGAUUGCUGAGGAAAUUGCAGGCAGAGACCUCUCCUUUCUGCUUCAAAUAUGUAAGAAUAAUGAAUGAAUAUUAAGUCUUAAGAUAUAAGGAUACAUAGCCAGCUAGAGCCCUGGGAUAGAAAAAGGUAACUGUAACAGUAAGAGGAGGUAAAGCAUGCCUUGUCCUUGUUGAGAGGUAGGUGGGCCUUCCUGUAUGAAGUUGUGGUAUCAUUUGCCUAGGGCCUGGGGAAAGGCAGCCGGACUGGUCUGACUAUAGAAACUGGGCCUGGACUACAUUCAGUGUGGUUUCUUGAAGGAGCAAAGCCCCAAAUCCUAGUGCAAGACCUGGUUUAAGUUGUACAGCCUAGGUAACUGAGUUAAGGGAGCCAUCAAACCAUCGUGACAUCAUGAAACACUCUUGACAGUGAGCUUUGUCGAGGAGAAUCAUUUCAAAUAAAAGGAAACCCAUACAAGGAAAUCCACUGCCGGGAGAUAAUCAGCAGACCUAAUUAGCAGGAGAAUUCCCACCCAAGGAAAUAGAAAGAAUGGGGCAAUCGGAAAUGGGAUUUAAUGUUUGUCUCUGAUUUUUAGAAAGAAAAAAGGAGGGACUGGCAUCCUUAAAAGAAGAACGUGAGAUGAUAAACAUGAACAGUUGGUCCCAUGAAAAAGAAAAAGUUGGGAACCUUGACAAUGAACACUAUAAUAAUUGAAAUUCUAAAGCCCAGUAAAUUGGAUAAACAGCUAGACAAGCUGAAAAGAGAAUUUGUGAAUUGAGAGCUAGAAAUGAGGCUGAUCACAAAAUGCAGGACAGAAAUAUAGCAUUGGAAACCAGGAAGUCUGUAUUGACUGAGGAGGCCCAGUAGGAACUCUCGAGGGAGAUUGGAAGAGGUAGAGAGGAAUUAAAAAGAUAAUGCUGAGAAUUUUCCAGACUUGAAGAAAGACAUAUGCCUUUGAGUGGAAGAAGCUUCUGAAGUACCAAAAACUGACUCCGAGUUAUGGUAUAGUAAAAUUACAGAAAUGUUAAAGAUAGGAUAUUUUAAAAGCUACAGAAAGAAAAGAUUACCUAUGAAAAAUGGUAACAGCUGACUUCUUUACAACAAAAGAAGCUGGAAGACUGCAGUAAAAAAGCUGAGGAAAAGCCAUUGUCAAAGAAGAGUUCUAUAUCCAGGAAAAGUUAUUCCAGGGUGAAUGUGAAAUAAAGACCUUUUCACACAUACAGGACCUGGGGUAUCAGGAAUAAUUUUGGAGGAAGGUAACAGAUUACCCAGUUAACCGUGGUUUACUAGUAAGGACAUUUAAUAACUAAGCGACAGUAAAUCCGGGGGUGAAAGAUUUCCAGAAUGGCCUGCUGGCUUGGUAAUAGUUUAACAUUUGUUUAAUUUUCAUAGUCUCAAGAUGGCCAUGUUAGUUUCAAGCAUCAUUCCUCACAUGUCGGUAACCAAAGCAGGAAAGGAAGUGGCAGGUAAAAAUGGGCCACCAUGUGUAUUUCUCUGUUAUCAGGGAUGAAACUCUUUCUCAGAAACUCUUCAGCAGAAUACCCUUCAAAUUUCAUUGGCCAGAAUUAGGUCAUCGGCUCACUGCUAGUUCAGUCACUGGCAGAAAUCCUGUGACUGGCUUGGACCACCACGAUAUAUCCUCUAGGACCAGGCAUUUGCCACCCUCAUUGAUCGGGGGUUGUCAUAUCAGGGGAGAAGGGUCAGUGGUUGCAUCUUCUGCAUGUGGUCAGUGGUUGCCUUGCUCUGUCAAAAAGAAAGUAAUUUAGGCAACAUUUAAAUAUUUUUCUAGUUUUGCCAAUAUAAGGGAUCGAAGAAAUGGAAAUGAAAAUUUUUUAUGUGUGCUGCAUAGACUUUAUUUUUUUCUUUUAUUUUUAUUUUUUCUUUUUAGUGCUGUACCCUUGGCAUAUGGAAGUUCCCAGGCUAGGGGUUGAGUCAGAACUGCAGCUGCUGGCCUAUGCCACAGCUACAGCAAUGCCAGAUCCGAGCCACAUCUGUAACCUACACUUCAGCUUGUGGCAACACCGGAUCCUUAACCAGAGCGCAAGGCCAGGAAUGGAACCCGCAUCCUCAUGGAUACUAGUUGGGUUCAUUAUGGCUGAGCCACAAUGGGAACUCUAUUUCUAUAGACUUUUUGAAAUAAUUCUUGAGCAUCAUUUUGUUAGCUAGAGCACUCAGCUACUUUAAUGAAUGAGGUGGCACUGUUAUUUUGAUCUUUUUUUCACCAAGAGAGUAUGAAGAGACAGAUGUUUGAGAAAUACGAAGGUUUACUCGUUAUUUUUUCACUGACAGCCAGGCAGGGUUUUAGUGAAGAUAUAAGCUAUGCAAGAUGAUGAUCUCUCAUUUAACCAUCACAAUUGUCUUGUGAAGUAGCAUUGUUGUCAUUUUGCAGGUAAGAAAGUUGAGGCACAAACUUAAUAACAUGUCUGUAAAUGACAGCUAACAUCUAGUGGCGGUAGAACUCCAAUCCUGGGUCUUUAAAUUCUAAAUCUGCUUCACUUUUAGCCCCCCAGUUAAAUGGCUACAUAAGCUUUUUAUUUGUUUUGGUAGUAAACGCUUAAGGGAAGAUGGAGCAAAAGGCAAAGGAUGCCUGAUCCUUAACCCACUGCUCUGGGCCAGGGAUUGAACCUAUGCCCCAGCAGCAACCUGAGCCACUGCAGAGAUAAUGCCAGAUCCUUACUUAACGUGCUGCGCCACAGUGGGAACUCCAAAGGGCAGAAAAGAAUCUGCAUGUACUCUGUUCACCUAACACUAGCAUGAAAGAGGCUUACAUUUUUGGUUUUCUUAAUCUUUUAUGUGUUAUUGCAAGUAAGAGGAGCACAGGGACUCAAAGACCUUGCGGCCCUAGAGUGAAUGCAAGAAAACAGACUCCCAUUUUUGUGCCCCAGUAUGGAUGUGGAGAGGAUAUAGGCUUUGUGUUCUGACACACCUGGAUUCAUAUCCUGGACUGACCACUUAGGUAUCACUUAUGUGACCUUGGGCAGGUCAUUUAACCUUUCUGAGCCUUUUCUCAUUUGCCUGUAAAAUAGGGAUAAUGACCCUCUCAUUGCUUUUUUUGUAAGGAUGAAUCGCAGAUGAGGAAAUGCCCAGCCGACAUCGCACAUCGUAGCUGCUAUAAUUAUUGUUUCAUGCUAAUAUGGUCAGUAAAAUUGCAAUGUGAAGUUUUUUAAGAUGCCGUUUUGUGGUAGUUCUCUUCAUGACGAUUUUCCCCCAAAGCCCUUUUAGCAGGCUCAAUUUUGCAAGUGUAGCUAAGUACAUAUGUUUGGGGCACUUAAGGUUGUAAAUUAGAACUGUGAGUUGCUUGUGUUUUACCGCUUUUUAUCCUUUGACUUGCUUUGACUUUGUAAAUGUUCUUCCCCCAAUCGUAGGUCCUAUGGCAGCGUGUACAAAGCUAUUCAUAAAGAGACCGGUCAGAUUGUUGCUAUUAAGCAAGUUCCUGUGGAAUCGGACCUGCAGGAAAUAAUCAAAGAAAUCUCUAUAAUGCAGCAAUGUGACAGCCCUCACGUAGUCAAAUAUUAUGGCAGUUAUUUUAAGAACACAGACUUGUGGAUUGUGAUGGAGUACUGUGGGGCUGGUUCUGUGUCCGAUAUCAUUCGAUUACGAAAUAAAACGUUAACAGAAGAUGAAAUAGCUACAAUAUUACAAUCAACACUUAAGGGACUGGAAUACCUUCAUUUUAUGAGAAAAAUACAUCGAGAUAUCAAGGCAGGAAAUAUUUUGCUAAAUACAGAAGGACAUGCAAAACUUGCAGAUUUUGGGGUAGCAGGUCAACUUACAGAUACCAUGGCCAAAAGAAAUACAGUGAUAGGGACACCAUUUUGGAUGGCUCCAGAAGUGAUUCAGGAAAUAGGGUACAACUGUGUGGCAGACAUCUGGUCACUGGGAAUCACUGCCAUAGAAAUGGCCGAAGGAAAGCCGCCGUAUGCCGAUAUCCAUCCAAUGAGGGCAAUCUUCAUGAUUCCUACCAACCCACCUCCCACAUUCCGAAAGCCAGAACUGUGGUCAGAUAGCUUCAUGGAUUUUGUGAAGCAGUGUCUUGUAAAGAGCCCUGAGCAGAGAGCCACGGCCACUCAACUCCUCCAGCACCCAUUUGUCAAGAGUGCCAAAGGAGUGUCCAUACUGCGGGACUUAAUUAACGAAGCCAUGGACGUGAAGCUGAAACGCCAGGAAGCCCAGCAGCGGGAGGUGGACCAGGACGAUGAAGAAAACUCAGAGGAGGAUGAAAUGGAUUCUGGCACGAUGGUCCGAGCCGCCGGGGACGAGAUGGGCACCGUCCGCGUGGCCAGCACCAUGAGUGACGGAGCCAAUACCAUGAUCGAGCACGACGACACGUUGCCGUCCCAGCUGGGCACCAUGGUGAUCAAUGCGGAGGAGGAGGAAGAGGAAGGCACUAUGAAAAGAAGGGAUGAGACCAUGCAGCCUGCAAGACCAUCUUUCCUCGAAUACUUUGAACAAAAAGAAAAGGAAAAUCAGAUCAACAGCUUUGGCCAGAGUGCCCCUGGUCCACUGAAGAACUCUUCAGAUUGGAAAGUUCCACAGGAUGGAGACUAUGAAUUUCUCAAGAGCUGGACAGUGGAGGACCUUCAGAAGAGGCUCCUGGCCCUGGACCCCAUGAUGGAGCAGGAGAUUGAGGAGAUCCGGCAGAAGUACCAGUCGAAGCGGCAGCCGAUCCUGGAUGCCAUUGAGGCCAAGAAGCGGCGGCAGCAGAACUUCUGAGCGAGGCCAGGCCAGGAGGGGGGGCCUGCCUCCGCCCCAGGCCUGCUGUCUGUGCACCCGUGGGUUCGCAGGCUCACUCGCCCCUCCACCCUCCAGCUCCCUGACGCUUCCACUCCGUCAUCUCUCCAGAGCACCGCUGUGAACACAGGAACGUGUGCCCGGGGGCAGGGCUGCCGUGACAGUCCCUGGCCGCCUUGACGUGUGUACUGAAACCAGGCAGGUACAUCAUUUCACAGGAUUGAUGCUGGCGCUUUGAAACUCACUUUUCAACCCAAGAAACAGAGUCUCCUAGUUGGGUGGUAGCUGGGAAAGUUUCACAUGGUCCUUUGUUUUUCUUCUCCUGAUAGCUUUCAAUGGUUCUUUCCAGAAGACUUUUAAAAAAUAUAUAAAUAUGCAUAUAUAUAUAUAAAUUAUAACUAGAUUCCCCACAUGGUGUGGUGGCAUCUCUGUACAGGUACAGUUUUAAACGGUUGCCUCUUUUCUGUUAAGACUAUGGUACCGUGGGACACCAGGGCAGAGGACACCCGGAGGCUGCUGGGGGCCCCCCCCGGAGCCCACCUCACUCUCCUGCAGGGCUGCAAUGACACACAAGAUGGGGGCCUGUUCCUUCACCCUCCGUUCAGCUCCGCGUGGGCCAUCCCUGGUUUCUGGAGCCAUAAGUGACGUCCCAGGGAAGCCCUUGAGAGGCCGUGUUUACUUCCUGAGUCCCAGGAGCAGCCUGGAGCCCUCUUUGCAAGAUUGACCUCUGCAGUUUCAAUGCCUUUCACCCCUCUCCCCCCUCCCAACUGCCUAGAGUCACAGCACAGAUACUGCCCAGUGCCUUAAGAGGAGAUGUGAUCCGGCGAGGGGACAGACCUGCCAGGAACUCCCAGCAGUGCAGGGCUGUGUUCAGUCCGCACAAGGGAAAGGGUUUUCGAAGUUCUCAUUGUUGACGCGAAGAUUACAGACACAGCAUUUGGCUCCACGUUCCUCACAGAUGGGGGUAGAGGGCAUUGCUUUUGUGAUCCACAUUCAAACACGUGACUGUUUUCUUUUUCCUUAUACUUCUCCCGGGUCUGGAAAGGGUAAAGGAAUAUCAGGCUGAUACUUGUUCUCCAGGAGACUCAACCCAGGCGGGUGGAGUGUGCCAGAGCCGGAAGGCCCCAAGGACAUCCAUCUGCUCUGACAGAGGCUAAGAGAGGGGAAGUGACAUGGCCCAAGUCACAGAGCAAAUUCAAGGAAGAGCUGGGGGCUCCUCAUGCCUGCUUCACUGAACCACGCAGCCCCUGCUCUGAGGAGGGCAUGCGUGUGUCGGUUUUGGUGAAGCUGUUCCAGGAAACUCCGCGAACAGGAACCUGCUCUUGCCGCAUCUCCUCAGUAGGCACCUGGCUGUGAAGAGACUCCCAGGGGGAGCCAGGUCGCUGUUUUCUGCCAUUCCAUGAGCUCUGAAGCAUCUGCCAGGUAGCAGACAGGCAUCACACAGGCAGAUAUAGGACCUGAAGCAGACCAGAGGGCUUUGCAGCCAAAAGCACUGAGCCAUCCCUCCUUGGCAUUGGCUCAAGGCCACGUGCUGCCACUUGGGAAAGGCAACUGUCUUUUUAUUUUCCAGUAUCUCUUCCCCUCAGAGAGGGGAGCUCUGACUAGGUUGCACCUAAGGAUAAGGUAAUUUGAUUCCGUAAUUGCCUUUGCUACCCAAGCCUGGGAAUCACUGGGGAGGCGGGGAAAUGUUCCUUUUCUGUGGCCAGAUUCCCUUCUUUGCAACUGCAGCCAGUUUUUAAAAAUGCAAGAGGCCAUUGUUGGUCUGCGAGGCUUGGCCAGUUAUGCAGCUGUGUGGCAGAUACAGAGAAGAGAGGACAACUCGAGGGUCCCACUGUAAUAAUAAAUGGCAGCUACCCAUCAUUGACCACUUAUUCAAUGCCAGGCACUGAGCUAGGUAGGUAGGUUCUUUUUGUGUGUCACCUCCAAACUUCCCAGUAACUCUGUGAAUUACAUACUGUAUCUCCGUUUCAUAGAUGAAGAAACAAGUUCAGAGAGAAAAGGUUCUUUCCCAAGGCAGUACAGCUAGUAAGUGGGAGGAUCAGGAUUCAGAGCAUCAUCAUGUAGUGUUUACAGGGGGAAAAAAAGGAAAGUCACAAAUCUUCUUAAAACGAAGGGACCACUUUUCUCGCAGAGCCUGAAAAACUCUAACUGGCAUUCUUGGGUUGGGAAACCGCUGAAUUAGUAGUCAGGUCUGACGGCCAGGUAGGUUUUAAAAAUAAGCUAUGGAGCAUGAAUUUCCCCACAGCAUCUGCCGUGCUAACUAACAGUUCUGCCUCGGUCGUGCUCUCUGCCCACCCCUCCCUCUCGCUAAAGGACUUUGCACGUGGCCAGACAUGAGGGGAGUGCCCAUUUUCUCCCUUCCUAAACUGGAUCCAAGUAAAAGAAGGUUCGGUUUUUCCCCAUAAAUCUUCCUGGGGGAUGAAUCUUGAUCUGAAGUUUAUUUUGCCUCAAGCAUGUGUGCAUCCAGCACGCUGGUCCAGCACAGUCCCCCACUCUCCAGUCUCGCUAGACAGAGCAUUUGGCCAGAAGUCAAUUUAUUUUGGAUGAGACAAAUUUCCUGACAAGGUGUAUUUGUUUUCAUGUGACAGGAAGGCAGAGAAGCAAAUCCUAGUCUUUUUUUUUUCCUUGAAUACUAAAUGCAGGAUAGGUCAGCCGGUUGCCACUGCGCCCUGAGCAUCAGGCCUUGCUUGAGCAUUUAUGACUCAAGCUUCCAGGAGACUGUUUCUCUCCUAAGAAACAGUGACCCAGACCUAACUGUCUUUUAAAAAUCUCAGAUUCUCUAGGAAUAUUUUUAUUGCCUGUUCACUAGUAAUUUUGAAGCAAAUUUCUAUUUUUCUUGGUUCCUGUUCCUUUCCCCAGCCACCAACUGGAUGGAUUGGUGGGUGAAUAUUUGGCUUGAUGGAUAGAUGGAUAAAGAGACAGGCAGAACCAAUACUCUGAAGCAAUUAAGAAGUAGAGCCUUGACUCCUUGAGACUGUAGAUUCUGAUCCAGGAAAAACUUAUUUAGCACCUGCUGCCAGAAAUUUAUUAUACCAUUUUAAACUCAAUAGCACUUACCAACAUCAGGAAUGAGAGCGGCGACAUCAGUAUGGAUCCUACCGGAAUUAUUAAAUGGCUGCUAAUUUUAUGAAAAACUUUGUGCUGAUAAAUCAACAGCUUAAAUAAAAUGGACCAAUUCCUUAAAAGAUAGAGCAUACCAAAGCUCACGCAAGAAGAAAUAGAUAAUCUGAAGCGCCCUAUCUCUGUUUAAACAUAGUGGCUCUGGGAGAUAGAGGUAUUCUUGUCCCCACUUUACAGAGGAGGAAACUGAGGCUCAGGGGGGUCAAGUCUGUUGCCCAAGAUCACAUGGCUGGAAUAUAGCAGAGUCAGAAUUCAAAUCCACGUCUUCUGAGUCUCAUUUCAGUGCCCUUUCUCCCACACCACGUUGCCUCUAAAGAUCGCAGCUCCUUUUUUACUGGAACCUAGUUCUGGCCAGCCCACAUCCUCUCACCCCAGCCUUUCGUAAGCGCCGUGUCUGUGUUUUCAUCAGGAUGGGAGUCAUUGUACUUGGAAUCCAUGUUCUUUUUUAUGUGUUUGGGAAAAAAAAGGAAUCUCUUCCACCAGCUCGCCCUUGGACCAACUUGGAGAACGAAGAGCUUGAAUGUUGUCGCAGAUGUACCACUUAAAAAAAUGUGAAGUUUGUAGCUUUAACUUUUUGUAACAAAAACGAAUGACACUGGCGAAAGUGCUGACUGGAAAUGCUAUUUUAUAAAGUGUGGGUGUAAAUAAUCAAUCGAGGUCAGCAGUUUGUAUAUGUAUGAGACAUAGCUUCCUCCAUCGCCCUUUAAAAAAAAAAUGAGAUGCUUCCUAUGUGCUUUUAUGUUAGAAUUAGCAUUCUCCCCCUUCCUACUUCCUGUAUCUUGUCACCUUUGUUUUAAAUAAACUGUCCUUUGGACCAGA